UAGUAGGGGUGACCCUUACCAUCCACCAUACACCAUCCAAUAUCCUGAUCAAUCUCGAACAUUCCAAUCAAAAUAAUAACUCCAAAUUACAAGAACAAUCUACAAACUUCCAAUCAAAAUAAUAACUCCAGAUUACAAGAACAAUCUACAAACUUCCAAUCAAAAUAAUAACUCCAAAUACCCAUUCAUUUUUCCAAUCCAACAAACCCUUCUCUAUAUAAUCCCAUCAAACCAACACCCUUACCCUACAACUACAACAGUCUUGAAACAUCAACUUAGCCUACAACAAAUCAACCUUCAUUUUUCUAUAUAUCCGAACUCUCAAAUGGGCAAUCUAAUUCCAGCCAUCCUCUGCCUCCUCACGGUGGCGUUCUUGGCAGCGCAGCGAACUGAGAGCUUCAUGCCGUACACUGGAGCGCCGUGGGGCACGGUGGUGCCGUCCGACGACCCAUUUAGAAUCCUUGAACAAAUGCCUCUAACAGUCCCAAGGGGAAUGGAAACAAUGGCAUUGGCACAAGUGGAUUGGAAAGAGACACCAUUUGAGCACAAGAUCUUGAUAGACAUUCCAGGGAUGAAGAAGGAAGAUGUGAAAGUGGAGGUGGAGGAGAACAGAGUAUUAAGGAUCAGCGGCGAACGGAAGGCGGAGACGGAGGUGGCGAUGGCGACCGAGGAAGGAGAGAAGUGGCACAGAGCAGAGAGGGUAAAUGGGAAAUUUUGGAGGCAAUUUAGAAUGCCUGGAAAUGUAAAUUUGGAUGGAAUUAAGGCAAGUCUUGAAGAUGGGGUACUCAUAAUUAGAGUGCCUAAAUUAGUGGAAGAGAGGAGGAGGCAGCCUAAGAUUAUAAGUGUGGUGGGGGAAAGGCCUUCUGUUGGAGAAACUGAUAUCAAAGUCUCUAAAGAUGAGAUGUGAUGAUGUAAGAGAGAUCAUACCAAAAUGGUUGAAAUUAUGUAUGGUAUGUUGCAAAAGGGUGCUUUAUUGAAUCUGAUGUAUAAAAUGUACUGAGUUUUGUGUUGUGAUGAUGUGAGAUUUGUAAUUAAUCAAGUAUUUUGGAGUGAAACUGUGUUUUUGUUGUUCAGUUGAA